UGGUGUUUGUUGUGGGAAAUAAGCACCGUGGUGUCGGGAGGUGGGUAAGAGAUUCGGGCCACAUUAGCGGCAGGAAGGACGGCACAAACUACUACACUAUCCCACCUCCGAGCAUGUGGUCGCGGCAGCUUUCGACCGGUGUCAGAUAAGGCAGAAGAAGUGACGGCUGAGACAGGAAGGACGAGGUGGAUAUUCACGGACAGCCAGCAGAGCAGAGCAGAGCAGAGCCGCCGACAGCUCGGAGCUGUCGCGAUGUUGUAGCUAAACCAUGGACAGCAGAAUAAAGGAGAAUCCAGAGAGAACAUUUGAUGUGGUUUUACAGGUGGCAUGUCCAACGUCUGAAAAUGAGGAUCCAACCGUGCUGUGGAGCUUCCCCCAGGACCACACAGACCAGGAGGUCCUUCAGACGAUACCAAAGUUCUGCUUUCCCUUUGACGUGGAAAGGGUUUCCCAGAGUCAGGUGGGGCAGAAUUUCACCUUUGUGCUGACAGACAUCAACAGCAAACAGAGGUUUGGUUUCUGUCGACUCACUCAAGGCUGCCGGGUCUGCAUAUGUCUGCUCAGUUAUCUACCGUGGUUUGAAAUCUACUACAAGCUGCUAAAUACCCUGGCAGACUACCUAACAAAACAACAGGAAAAUGACUUGAAUGACAUGCUGAAUUCUCUCUAUGAUUUGCCUGUGCCAAAGCCCUACACGCCAGUCAACCUGAGUGUGAAUGAGCAGUUGUAUAUUGCCACUGGGCAAGUACUGAGAGAUUGGCGAAGCAAGGAGACGCACUCCUACUUCAUCGCCCCGGAUAUCAAUGGACUGCCAACUAUCCCUGAGAGUAGGAACCUGACAGAGUACUUUGUGGCUGUGGACAUCAACAACAUGCUCCAGCUCUACGCCAGUAUGUUGCAUGAACGGCGCAUCAUAAUUACCUCAAGCAAGCUUAGCACUUUAACUGCAUGUGUCCACGGCGCGGCUGCUAUGCUCUUUCCCAUGUACUGGCAGCACAUCUUCAUCCCUGUACUGCCCCCGCAUCUUCUGGACUAUUGCUGUGCACCAAUGCCGUACUUUGUGGGAGUUCAUCUUAGUCUGCUGGAGAGAGUACGCAGUCGGUCACUGGAGGAUGUGGUCAUUCUGAAUGUGGAUACCAACACCCUGGAGAGUCCCUUUGAUGACCUGCACAACCUGCCCAGUGACGUGGUGUCCCCUCUGAAGAGUAAGCUGAAGAAGCAGUCAACAGCAACAGGAAGUGGUGUGGCAAGGGCCUUCCUGAGAACGCAGGCCGCUCUGUUUGGAUCCUACCGAGAUGCCCUCAGAUAUAAACCUGGGGAGCCAAUCACAUUCUGCGAGGACAGCUUUGUGAACCAUCGCUCGAGCACCAUGAGGAGCUUCCUGUCCAUGGCUGUCAAUCUGCAGCUCUUCAAACAGUUCAUCGACGGACGGCUGGCUAAAUUGAAUGCAGGCCGCGGCUUCACCGAUGUGUUUGAAGAGGAGAUCACAGAGGGGGGCUUCUGUGGAAGUAAUGCAAGGUCUUAUCAGCAAUGGAUGCACACUGUAAAGAGAGGAGGAGCACUUAUCAACACAGCUGUGACAAAGGCCAAGAGUCAUGCCAAGAGGGGCAUCCGGGACAUUAAGGGCAGGCUUAAAGCAAGGGAAGAAGAAGAAGAGGGGAUGACGGUCUGUGCAGGGUCUCCCACCAGCACCAAGAGCCUGUCUCCAAGGAGACUGCAGAAGAUGAGACGGCAUAACUUCGGCAAGUCUCCCAUGAGCAUGGGCCCUCGAGAUCUUGGCUACGGGCUCGAUGAUGAUGAGCUGGACAAUGCGAGCAAAAUUUCCUCAGAAGACAGCGGGGAUGUUCCUUCCUACACGGAGGACAGUGAUGAUUCCUACUCGCUGGAGCUCGAUAUCGAUACGUCCCACUCAGGCCAGAUGAACCUGCUGGAGGAAAUCCUGGACUCUCUGAACACCACGACACUGGAGCAAGGCAAACUCAGUGGUGCCAAGAGCCUGGACUUCUUCAGGUCCAUGGAUGAUUUAGACUACAAGGCCCCGGCCAAACCAACACCUUCCAGCGAGUCUAAAGCUGCAGAUGAGAGUGGUGGUGGUGGUGGAGGCAGGGAUCAGGGGGGAUGGAAUAUGGGCCAGGAUGACAGCGCCGUCCACGGAAAACACCUCCCACCAUCCCCACGGAGACAGCCCAACAAGAGCAGCCUGAAGAUGUCAAAGAAACCUGCGACAACUCCUACAGUGCCUGUCCUCAUUGCUACGCCCCCAGGCCAGGCUGCUGAUGUCUCCAAACCCCUGUCACAUCCUCCUCAGCCCAGUUCUGACCCAGGCCCUCAUUCUUUACCUUCAGGACCACAACCAGGACACCGUUUCUCCUGCUCGCCCACACUGUCCCAUAGAAUCACAACCACGCCGCCAUCUCCCAAGCUGCUGCACACCCACAGUUCUCCAGCGCACGGUUCCCGCCCAGACUAUUAUCUUGUUCCAGCAGGCCGUUCUCGGACCAUCUCAGACCCCCAGGCCAGCACUGAGCCUCCUCAGACCCAGAGCCAGACUUCCUCCACCAGUGUCCUGAGGAGGAAGGUGCUGUCCAAGGAGAUGGUGAAACAGUACCAGGAAAAGGCCCUGCACAGGCAGGGCAGCAGGGGCCAUCAGGAUGGUGAGGGGAGCACAUCGAGGCACAGGCAGUCAGCUAUGCCAGUCCCGUGGGAGAAAGAAGUGCCCAAGGAGGGGCUCCUGGGGCUCGGCCUGUGCCUGGGUCAGGGAAAAAGUUCCGGGGCCUCUGUGGUGCAAGAUCAAGGCCUCCUUGAGGAGAUUGAGUCCAUGUGUUGCCUCGGCUCCGUCCUCCACACCAGCCUGCAGCUGUCACAGGUUCACUGCAACAACAGUCACCACCAGGUCCAGGGCAAAGCCACAGAUGAGUCCUAAGGGACGUCAAAGACUCUGAGUCUGUAAAAUGCCAUAGGUUCUGAUGAAAUAUAUUCACUGUUAUUCUUCAGUAACAGCUGUAGACUUCAAGUACACGAUUGGUCAAGAAGUUUGUUUGUUUUCUUAACACCCAGCUAUCGGGAAAAAAUUACAAAUUUGAUGUCAUACCGGCAGACACAAAGCAUUAGCUAUGACCUCUAUUGCAGGAAAAAUACAGAGAUGAACUGGUGCACUGCAGAAUUCUCCAUCUAUCGUCCAUCACCUUAUUGAUGAAAACCUUAUUUUAUCUGCCACUGUAACAGGAGUAGUUUGACUGGUUUCAAAUAGAAGUGUACUUGUUUUGAGAAUUUUCCAGAUUUAAAUAUCUAAAAUGUGACACAGAAAAGUUUUUUAAAACAAGCUCUCCUCUCAAAAAAUGUAGGAAAAAUCAAAAUGAUUUGUAGAAAACAUUUUACUCGCAAAAGAAACAGGUGAAAAUAAUCUUACUGUAAGUACUUAAAAAUAAAUAGGCUUCCCUACUAAAGUAACAACAGUUAAUGAGUUUAUAAAGUUUAAGUGAAAUAUCCUGUCAGCUGAGAUAGGCAGCACUCAAAAACACAAACUGAGGCCAUAGGAUCUGAGACUUUUUUUGUGUAUGUUUUUGGAGUUGAUGAGAUUUUUCACUCGCUUAAAGAAAAUAUAAGCCUGAACUACAAACAGAAAAGACAUGAUAAGAAGGAGAUUUUUGCAGUGUGUGUCAUCAUAGUAUUUCUGUCUGUAACCAUCUAAAUUUCUGGACGACGCAUUUUUAUGUGUUGUAUUUUUCAUUGUGUAACACAUUCACAAUGCAGCACCAAACAAUGAGACAUAAAUUAUACUUUGGGGAAAACAGAAGUAGCCAACCGGCAAUUGAGCGAUUGUUUUCACAUUCCAGACGGGAAUCUGGAAAAGGUCCUCAACACAACAUCGUGUCAGUCUUUUACUCAUAGUUCUAAACAUUUCACAUAAUCAAAUUUAAUUUGCACUCGAAGAUUAACAAAUAAUAUUCAGUUAUUACGACCUGGUACUAAAAUCAUUUGAGCAAAAACAACAAAGCGGAACAGGAUUGUACAGAUACAUAGUCCACUCGGGCCUUUGAAACAAAUGAUACACUGUGUAAUAUAAUGUUUUUUUUUAUCACCAUGCCUUAAAUGGACAUGUGAUUUGUUUAUGAUACUCUGGUGUCUUAAUCUACGGAUACGAUAACAGGUACUUUGUAAUCGGAAUAAUGUCAGAUCUUAAAUGCAACAGUUAAUAGUACUUAAACAGCACUGUAUUUAUCUGGAUUAAUGGAAUAGUUAAUAUAUGAUGUGCUUUAAGCUGCUGUUCUUAAUUGCAUUCUAGAUAAUGAGAUGUGCAUGUGGAAAGCUCUCUUUCUCUCUCUCCUCUUCCUGUUUCCUCAGGACACAUCUGUCACUCUGAUGAGAUACAAAUACACUCAAAAGUUAAAAUGGGUGAUCUGAAAAAAGCCAGUAUCUAUGCUUCACCUCCUCCUCCUCCUUCUCUUUUUCCACCAUCACCAGUCUGCUUUUCAUGUUGUCUCUCCUAAUUUUCUGCAUUCUCAUUCUCACUACUGGCCAGUAGUUGCAGAGCUUGCACAGUUUGGAGUGGAUGUGGAAAAGGUGAAUUUUAUAGGAUAUGGCUGGCAAUACUCUACAUUUGUGUUAUUAUCUACCAGUUCCCAUGGAAAGGCCAAAAUUAACAAUGCAUUAUUCUGAGUCUCAGUGCUCUCAGACUUCCCUGCCCUGUCUGUGGCACUCAGCUCCUGGCCCCUUUCUUCCUACUGAUGAUGUAAACCUUUAAAAUGGGUCACAAAUACUGAAUAUAGUUUCCAUUUUCAGUCUUCAAAGCAGCUGUAGCUUCUGUAGUGAAUAGGAGCAAACAUCGCGUUUGGUGGGGACUAUUUUCAUCCAUAGAUCACUGGUUAGCAGUGUGAAUUCUUUUUUGUUUUUUUUCCCGUUUGUUUUCAUGGAAUUUUUCUACAUUUAAGAAAAAAAUCUAGAGUAUCACCAGACUUAUCAUAUAACUCAGUCUUCAUCUUCGUUCUAUUUCACAUGAGGAAAUGAUGCAACCUCUGUCCUUCUAAGUUGGAGUCACACUGUAAUCUAAUGCAGUGAUUGAUGAUUGUACUGUAAUGAAGCAAUGCGGUUCUCCUCAGAGAGUAGCUACAUGGAUGUAAUGUGUACAGAGUCUAAAGUAUUUCUAUAACAGACUCUCCUGUGGAGAGAAUUGCCAUGUCCAGGGAUUGUGGGUUCCCAUCAUUCUCUGUGUCGCCACAAACCCAGAGAAAAGAAAAAAAAAGCUUUUUCAUGUGCUUGUGUUGGGAUUAUUACAUUUAUGGUUCGUUGUUCUUAUGAUUUAUGCCAGACGCCAGUCGGUGUGGCAGUUUAAUAGCAGCUAUUUCUCCACUUUUUGAGUGCUGCUCUGCGUUAACGAUUUGCCCAUAAAGUCUUUGGCGUGCUUCUAAAAGCCCAGGAAUCAGUCCUAGUAAUUCCAAAAAGAAAAAAAAAAAACAGACUCCAGAACAACCUCUGUACUGGCCUUAUUCUUUGCAAACACUUUAAAAAGCUUAUUAUUUACUAUGCAAAUAUUUAAAAUGAUCGAAAAGGUCAGUCUUUUCACAUAAUAUUGAACGAUUCUACUUGAAAAUUAAUAACAAUCAAAUUAGUUGCUAGUGGGAAUAAGCCUCAUGUGUCUCUAAAUACAUAAGUAAAUAUCAGAGUUUAUUUUUAACUGUGUGAGCUGAGGUGUGUUUAUUGGUGUUAAAGACAGAGUGUGUGGUGUGCCUUAUACAGAGAGAGUACCAUCCAGUAUAAUCAUAAGGUACAGUAGUACAGAAAGGAGGAGUAUGCAAUGUUUUCAGACUACCUAAAAUCACAGUAAAGAACAUUGAACACUUUGGUAUUUAUAUGUUAAACAGACACAGAAACCCGUAUUUGGACCUGAGACACUGACCUGAAUUGAACUUGGGUACUAGCAUUGUUUUUGUAGCUGUUUUGUUUUGAGUUUCGGCUUCAGUCCAGCUGGAGUUACUCAGUGUUUUUCUUUGCUGCGGUGGUCGGUGGGAAUCUUCCUGCCUGUAUUUAAGAGCAGAUCUCUGAAUUUCUCUGGGUUAUUUGUCCUUUUGUAAAUUAUGGUAGGUACUUUCUUCGAUUGGACGAUUAGUCUUAUAGUUUGUGCUCUUUUUCUUUUUGUUCCCUCUCUUUUUUAAACACCUCGAACACUCGUUCUGGGCUAACUAUUUAAAAACGUUUCUCAGAGGAGUUUCUCUAGUUGAUUUCAUAUUGAUAAAAGAUUAUUUUCAACUGAAUAGAUGUGUAUUUUUUCUGGCUUGAGUAUAUUUUACAUGGAUAAUAUAUGAUCGGUGUUGUACGUUGUAAAAAAAAAAGAAAAGAAAAAAGAAAAAAUACCUACAAACACCUAAUAUUUGAAUGUUUUAGAUUUUAUUUUUGGAGGAAAAAAAUGGAGAGAAAAUAUUAACGAAAUGUCCCACGUAGCCACUCAUGUGCAGAAGCAUCUGACACUUCUAAUAGGAGACUGAUGCUUGCUUGUACAUGGUGCAAGGCUUACUGUUGUAUCUGCAUGUAUGUACCUGUAUGUGUUGUAUGAUAUGAUUUUGUUUAGUUUGACAGAUGUGGUCCACUCUUUUGGUAUUAAUUAUUAUUUCAGUAUUUAGCACUUCCAUCGAAUCUAAAAUGAUGGAGGUUAACAUUUUGUCUCGUACGAUUCACUCAUUCAGCCUUGCAUUGGGUAUCAUGGAGUUAAAUGUCAUCUGCCUUGCAUUUUACGUAGAGGAAAACAUUUCUACUUUUUUGGUUACCAACUAAAUCUAACUGUAGAGGUUUGGUGGGGAGAAAUAAUAGAGCAGGGAGCUGCUGUUGAGAGUGAUAUGAAAAGCUUUAGUAACUCUGGACCCAUUUACACUAAUGUUGUACAAUGACGAAGAAAUGAUUGUCAGGGGAUUUGCAUUUCAAUGUCUGCAGGCUUGUGACAACCAAGGAUACCCAAUACUGUAAAGCUAUCGAUAGAAAAUUUAAGUGUCCUGGAAUUGCAAAUUUGAAGUGAGUGGGAGGUGACAGAUUAUGUAGCAGUUUUAACUUACGUACUACAGAGUAAAAAACACAGGUUCACCUUUGCAGAACCUCAGUAACCCCCCCCCCCCCCCCCGCGCCCCCCUCUCCACCCUCCGAAACCACACAUUUAAAAACAACAGAUAUUUUCAGUAUAGAAACAAGUACACUGAAUGUUACAGUAAGCAAUUUUUUUUUCAUUUCAGUCUGGGUAUUGUUUGGGUAUUGUAAUGAUGAUUAACUCUUCUGUACGCCAUUUACUGAUUUUACUGAUUCUGUGCACACUUGCAUGUUUUCAUUGCAGAGAAAACAACAACUGAGGUCAAUCUACUGUGCUAUUGAUGAGUAACGUGGUCCGACUGCACGUAAUGUAUGCACUGUGAACUAAAAAUAAAUUAUGCUGUUUUAUU